GGCGCGGCCGGCCGGGGUGCUGGGGGUGGGGGUAGGGUUGGCCUCUUCACCUCAUUGUCCCUUAGCGCCGCCCGGACAUCUCGCGGGCUGCCAGCACCAUGAAGAUCUGGACUUCGGAGCACGUCUUUGACCACCCAUGGGAAACUGUUACAACAGCUGCAAUGCAGAAAUACCCAAAUCCUAUGAACCCAAGUGUGGUUGGAGUUGAUGUGUUGGACAGACAUAUAGAUCCCUCUGGAAAGUUGCACAGCCAUAGACUUCUCAGCACAGAGUGGGGACUGCCUUCCAUUGUGAAGUCUCUUAUUGGUGCAGCAAGAACCAAAACAUAUGUGCAAGAACAUUCUGUAGUUGAUCCUGUAGAAAAAACAAUGGAACUUAAAUCUACUAAUAUUUCAUUUACAAAUAUGGUUUCAGUAGAUGAGAGACUUAUAUACAAACCACACCCUCAGGACCCAGAAAAUGUGAAUGUGUUUUGUUCCAGAACUAUUUUGACUCAAGAAGCAAUAAUCACUGUGAAAGGAGUCAGCCUCAGCAGUUACCUUGAAGGACUGAUGGCAAGUACAAUAUCUUCAAAUGCUAAUAAAGGCCGAGAAGCAAUGGAAUGGGUAAUACAUAAAUUAAAUGCAGAGAUUGAAGAAUUGACAGCUUCAGCAAGAGGAAGUAUAAGGACACCUAUGGCGGCAGCGGCAUUUGUAGAGAAAUAAUGAUGAAAGUUGGCAGACAACAUCCAGUCCCCCGGGUCUCUCCAAGCUGGCAAUAUAUUUAUUAUUUUAAAAAUACUACUAUAUUUUAGAUAGAAUUUUUUUUAAUAAGCUGAAGUAAGGCUGUGUGACUUUUGAUCCAAAUAAAGAAAUGCAGGGCUUCUAAAUAAAAGGGAUCUGAAAUUACUGUUGUUUGAAAUGACUAAUUUUGAGGGUUCCAAUAUUUUUGUGAAAAUUUAAUUUUUAAAGAAGUACUUGAAAAUCGAUAUUGACGUUGAAUCUCUUUAAGGUAGAAUUUUAAAGCUUUUCAUGCAUUGGAACUCUACCUGGCUUUGGACCAACCCUAGAACAAAGCAGAGCCACCUCUUAUAUACACUGCCCUGCUGCUGUAAAGUUGAACAGCUUGCAUGAGAGAACUCACUUUAAAACAAGAAAUUAUAUGGUUUAAAUUAAUUUGUAUAAAAUAACUUGCUCUGCUAUAAACCACCAUAAAAACCACAGUGUUUUGAUUUUGUACGUUCAUGAUAUUUUUAGAGUGAAAAUUAUCACUAAAGUAAUAUGACUCCAACAAAAAUAUGAUUUAUUGUAUUAAAGAGUACUGUAUUGAUUUGCCAAAGUUGUGUAACUUAAGUAAAGUUACUACUUUCCUUGGAUUUGUACUUUAUGAUUCAGUGUGCUGUACUGUGGGCUGGUUAUGUUAACGGAAAAAAUAAAGUCAUUACCUGAGUUUUGCAGAACUCUAAAGUUAAACAGAACAGCUGUUCACAUCUUUUGGCAUUUCAUAUUUGCCUAACUUAAAAAUUGCCAUGUGUUGAAAUCAUGGUUUUGUAAUUGCUAAGGCAUAUGUCAGGUUAUUUGAAUAUAAUUACUUUCUGAAGUAAUUGUGACCACAAAACAUCUUUUUUACAUGAAAAGCUGUACAUCAUUUGAAAUUACUCAAAUGAUGUCUUGAUCUGCAGCAUAAACCUCGGGUACUUAAUGUUUUUAAUAAUAUGGCACCACUGCAGGAGGUGGGGCAGUGGGGAAGAAAAAAGAGUAAUGGGAAGUGGAGGGAGGAUUGACCUAAACCAAUACUAAGUGAAUGGCACUGCAGCUUUUAUUUAUGAGAAAUCCUUAUUUUGUAUGGCAGAGGGCAGCUGCAAACUUGAAAACAAUCCAUUAAAUGUAUUCUGUUUCAUGUUUUGUAGCAAUUGAUUAUCAAUCACUAAAUAAUAGUAUCUUUGAUAUUUACAAUUUUUGCAUACAGUAUUUUUGUUAAAAGGUGAUUAGCUCUUACCCUUAUUUUACAGUGCUUACUGUGACAAACUUCUAGUCAGGUUUUCUAUCAAAGAGGACAGUAUGUACAUAAACCACAGAAGUAGUAUAACAAAGAUACUAUUUAAAAAUUAAUGUUUUUCUACUUAAAAUAUUGUUUAUCUUAAGAUUUCUCAGGACAUUUGUAAAAGCAGGUUAAAUCUGAAAAGUUUUCUGAUUAUUUUUGUAACUGGAGAUGGUACUUACAACUGAAAUAACAUUUCAGCUAAACAAAACACAUCGCUAAAUAUUGAUACUUGACAAAAAGUUGCCUUGUAUAAUUUCUGUAAAUUAUACUUGUUCUGAAAAAGCUGUAAUACCCUAAUGAUAAAAGAUUUCUAAACAAA